AGUUGAAGCAUCCACUUUUUGUUCUAAUUGUAAUAUCUCUUAUCUUCACUCCACUACAAAGCUUCUUCAUUUCUCAACACUUUCCUCUCAUCUCUUCUCUCUUUCACUCACAACAAUGACCGAACCAUCUUCCAAACCCAACGGAAACGCCGCAAUUAACGGCACCGCCGCCGCUGCCACUACUAACGGUAACGGAAAUCCACUUCCCGUUAAAUCUCAACUCUACAAUCCAAACCGUCAAGUUUACCGUCCUCAAUCUCAAUACAACCGUCGCCGUCGAUCUAAUCGUAGUCUCUGCUGUUGCUGCUGUUUCUGGACAAUUCUCACCGUUCUCGCCGUCGCACUUCUCGUCGCUAUUGUCGGUGCUGGAAUCUACGUACUCUACCAUCCACGUCAACCACAAUUCUCAAUCACUAACCUCCGCAUUGUGAAGAUGAAUCUCACAACCUCAACAGAUUCACCUUCACAUCUCACUACACUUUUCAAUCUCACACUCAUUGCUAAAAACCCUAACAAUCACCUCGUUUUCUUCUACGAUCCUUUCACUGUUACUGCUUUCUCUGAUUCAGUUCAAAUCGGUAAUGGAUCGUUGCCGGCGUUUAAUUCUGAUAAGAAUAAUCAAACUAGUCUCCGGUCAGUGCUGUCAAAUUCUCAAGAUCUGGAUACUGAUUCGUUGACUAGUUUGAGAUCGGGUUUGAAGAAGAAGAAAGGUUUUCCGGUGGUGAUUCACAUGGAUACAAAGGUGAAGAUGAAGAUGGAAUGGUUGAAGAGUAAGAAGGUUGGAAUAAGAGUCACAUGUGGAGGAAUUAGAGGAACUGUUCCCGCCGGUAAGUCGCCGGCGGUGGCUUCUGUAAUCGACUCGGAAUGUAAGGUGGAUCUUCGAAUCAAGAUCUGGAAAUUCUCCUUUUAGUUUUGUGAGUGAUAUCAACUUUGAUUGAUUAUUAUUAUUACAAUUAUUAUUAUCAUAAUUGCGGAUUAUUAUUAUUUGUUAAUCAAUACUAAUAAUCAAUCCAAUCAUCAAAUUCCUUUUCUCUUUAUUUUUAUAUUUCAUUCUUUUUUGGUUUCAUAAUUUUUUUUUAAUGGAUUGAUUAUGGUGAUCAUGAAAAUGUGUGGAGAACUAAAGGUCAAAUUUGUAAGGGGAAAAAUUUAUUUGAGCUUCUUUUUUUUUUUUUUUGAUCAUUGUAA